UUCCUCUUCUCCUUUUCAACACACUCUCGCGGCUUCUCUAGAUAUGGCGAAGAAGGACAAGAAGAAAGACAAGAAGAAUAAAGUAGCUGACGACGAGGUCGAGGAGGUCGAGGAGGUCGAGGAGGUCGAGGAGGUCGAGGAGGUCGAGGAGGUCGAGGAGGUCGAGGAGGUCGAGGAGGUCGAGGAGGUCGAGGAGGUCGAAGAGGUCAACGACGUCAACAGCGGAGAACCUGCGGAAGACAAUGUAGUUGAGGCCAAGUCGGCCGAAGUUGCAGUAGCGAUGGUGGAGGAUGAAUUCGACGAUGACUAUGGCAAAAAGAAGAAAAACAAGAAGAAGAAGGGUGGUCCCCAGAAGGACAUCGAGCCAGCGCCAGUGGAGGUCAAGGAACCUGAGGAGAACGGCGCUGCACCACCUGCUAAAGCUGAUGAUGACGAGGAAAGCGACGGCGCUGCCGCUGCGGGAGGCAAACAAGACAAGAAGAAGAAAAAGAAGAAAAAGGCGGGCGCCGCAAAGAAAGAAGAACAGCCGCCUCCAGUCGAGGAGGCGAAGGUAGAGGAGAAGCAACCCGAAUCAGCCGAAGCUGCAGCACCCGCAAGGGCGGAGGACGAUGAGGAAAGCGAAGCCGAAGCUGCUGGUGGCAAAUCCGACAAGAAAAAGAAGAAGAAAAAGAAGGCGAAGAAGGACGAUGAACUGGCAGCGGCAGCUCCAAAGAAGAAGACUGGAGGGCUCGGUGCGUUGAAAGCAAGGAUGGAGGAGAUGAAACGCCUGGAAGAAGAAGCCAAGAGGAUAGAAGAGGAAGAAAGGAGGAGAAUAGAGGAGGAAGAGAAAAGACGGGAGGAAGAGGAAAGGCGGAAAGAAGAGGAGAAGUUGAGGAAGAAGGCCCGAGAAAAGGAAAAGAGGGAGCUUGCGAAGAAGGAGGGCCGAUACCUCACACCAAAACAAAAGGAGGAGCAACGACGAGCCGAGCUGCGUAAACAAGCUCUCCUCGCAUCGGGUGUACAAGUCGAAGGUCUUCAAGGUGGCGAAACAGACAGGCUCAAGAAAGUUGUAUACGGGAACAAGAAGAAGAAACCGACCGCGAAGAAGGACGAUGAUGAUAAGUCGUCAACUCAAGCUCUUACGCCAGAAGUUCAGUCUCCCGCAGUUACAACUGAGGAGCUUCCAGCUCCUGAACCCGCUUCAGCCGCUGCGUCGCCGACAGUCGAUGCAAAGGACGAUUGGGAUGCAGAGAGUGAACAAGAGAAGCCGGAAACUCCUGAUGCUGCCGCCGAUGAUGUCAAGAGUGAUUGGGACGCUAGCAGUUCGGAUGAAGAGAAAACCAAACCGUCAAAAACAACCGCGAAGCCUGCAGCUAAAGCGAACGGUAGUGCUCCUCCCUCUAAAGAACCUACUCCCAAAAAUGUUGCAUCAGCAAAGACGACCAUGCCCUCGGCUUCAGCACAGAAGCCUGCACCGCAAAAGUCGCCAGAGGAAUCAGAAUCCGAAUCUGAGGAAGAAUCCUCGGAGGAAGAUUCUAGCGAAGAUUCUGAAGAUGAGUCUAGCGAGGAGGAAGGCAUGACGAGAACUCAGCGUCUUGCCAUGCAGAAGAAGGCCGAAGCCGUCGAGAGAAAAGCCAAGGCGCAUGAAGCGGCCUUAGCGGCACAGAGCAAGGACAAUCUGCGAAGUCCCAUCUGUUGUAUUCUUGGUCAUGUCGAUACCGGCAAGACCAAAUUGCUCGACAAGAUCCGUCAAACCAAUGUACAAGAAGGCGAAGCAGGUGGUAUCACUCAGCAGAUUGGUGCUACCUAUUUCCCUGUCGAUGCCAUUAAGACGAAGACAACUGUCAUUAACAAGGAUGGAAGCCAAGAAUACAAAAUCCCCGGUUUACUCGUUAUCGAUACUCCCGGACACGAAUCUUUCACGAAUUUGCGUUCCCGUGGCAGCUCGUUGUGUAACAUCGCUAUUCUGGUUGUCGAUAUCAUGCACGGUCUUGAACAACAAACUCUGGAAUCUCUGCGAUUACUAAGGGAUAGAAAGACUCCUUUCAUUGUGGCUUUGAAUAAGAUUGACCGACUGUAUGGUUGGCAAGCGACACCAGACAAUGCCUUCCGUGACUCAUUAGCGAAGCAGAAGCCUGCGGUUCAACGAGAAUUCGCUGAUCGCGUGCAAAAGACGAUCCUGGCCUUCGCUGAACAGGGUCUUAACUCCGUGUUAUACUACGAAAACAAGAACUUCGCACGGAACGUGUCACUAGUCCCUACUUCUGCUGUUACAGGAGAGGGCGUCCCCGAUAUGAUUAUGCUGCUCGUUAAUCUGACGCAACAGCGCAUGAGUGACCGGUUAAUGUACCUGUCGGAGCUGGAGUGUACCGUUCUCGAAGUCAAGGUCAUCGAGGGGCUGGGAACGACGAUUGAUGUUGUCUUGUCAAAUGGUAUUUUACAUGAAGGGGAUAAGAUAGUUGUUUGUGGUCUUAAUGGUCCUAUCGUAACACAAAUACGAGCUCUGCUAACGCCACAACCACUACGCGAACUGCGGAUCAAGUCACAAUACGUACAUCAUAAAGAGGUCAAGGCAGCACUUGGUGUCAAGAUCGCAGCUCCUGAUCUGGACGGAGCUGUUGCUGGUUCUCGUUUACUAGUUGUCGGCCCGGAUGAUGACGAGGAAGAUCUCAAAGAGGAAGUCAUGGGCGACCUCACCACGCUUCUCAACUCCGUUGAUAAAUCUGGAAGGGGCGUUUGUGUUCAAGCGAGUACCCUCGGUUCGCUUGAGGCACUGUUGGACUUCCUCAAGGUUAGCAAGAUUCCAGUAUCCGGAAUCAACAUCGGUCCGGUACACAAGAGGGACGUGAUGCGAUGUGCGACGGUUCUUGAGAAAGCGAAAGAACUGGCUUGUAUCCUUUGCUUUGAUGUACCUGUCGACAAGGAUGCGGAUAGGUUAGCUGAGGAACUUGGCAUCAAGUUAUUCAAAGCGGAUAUCAUCUAUCACCUCUUCGAUGCAUUCACUGCUUACAACGCGGAGAUCACGGAAGCGAAACGCCGAGACGCAGCUCCUCAAGCUGUUUGGCCAUGCAGGCUGAAGACUAUUGCGUGCUUCGCCAAGCGUGAUCCAAUCAUUCUUGGUGUCGACAUUCUAGACGGUUCGCUAAGGGUUGGGACACCGUUAUGUGUCGUUAAAUUAGAUCCGGAAACUCAGAAGAAAGAAAUAAUAGACCUGGGAAAGAUUACUUCCUUGGAGAUUAACCACAAGGCCAUGGAUGUCGUCAAGAAGUCGCAGGCUGGUGGAGGUGUCGCAGUGAAGAUCGAGCACGCAGUAUACCAAUCCGCCAAAAUGUUCGGUCGACACUUUGACGAGAAGGACGAAAUCAUUAGUCACAUUACCCGUGCAAGCAUAGACGUUCUUAAGUCAACAUUCAAAACUGACGUUACGACUGAAGAAUGGCUCCUUAUCAAAGGUUUGAAGCCAAGACUUGGUAUACCAUAAAGGAUCGGAAUUCCCACAUCCUGUGCACGCCGUGUAUCAAGGUUUCAAUCUGCCUGCCUGUCUACCAUCUGUUUGUUGUUGUCUUACUGCAAUGUACAAUGCUUUGCACUCUGUAUCAAUUCACUCUUUGCAUACCUCGC